AUGACUACGCCGCGGUGCUUCAUCGUGCGGCACGGCGAGACGGAAUGGUCACUCUCUGGGAAACACACGGGCACCACAGACAUCCCUCUGACCAAGAACGGAGAGAAGCGAGUUCGAGCGACGGGAAGGGCUUUGGUAGGGGACGACAGGUUGAUCGUUCCCAGGCAGUUGGUUCACAUCUACGUCUCACCGCGCCAUCGUGCCCAAAGAACACUCGAACUGCUCGACCUAGGCUGUCACGACCCGUACCCGUGGCAAACGAACUCGGACAACCAUUCCCCCACGCACAACAAGACCGACGCCCGUGUCACGAUCGACCCCCGCAUCGCGGAAUGGGACUACGGCGAGUACGAGGGCAUCACGUCGGCUGAGAUCCGGAAGCUGCGAGCCGAGAAAGGCCAGGGGCCCUGGGACAUCUGGCGCGACGGAUGCCCCGGCGGCGAGAGUCCGGAAGACAUUAUCCGGCGCGUGGAUAGUCUGAUCGCCGACAUCCGCGAAAACUACCACGCUCCGGUGAUCGGGAAGCCCAAGGAUCAAGGGGUGACGGGGGACGUGAUGGUGGUGGGCCACGGACACAUCCUACGUGCCUUUGCCAUCCGGUGGAUAGGCAGACCGCUCACGGAGACGAGUUUGAUCAUGGAAGCUGGUGGGGUGGGAACGUUGAGCUACGAACAUCACAGCAUCGACGAACCUGCUAUCUUGUUAGGCGGUGGCUUUGUGGUGGGCGAGGAACCAAAAGACAAAUGA